AUGCUGCUGGACGCCGGCCCGCAGUUCCCGGCCCUCGGCGUGGGCACCUUCGCCCGGCAUCACCACUCGGCCGCGGCGGAGAUGCAGGACCGGGAGCUGAGCCUGGCGGCGCAGAACAGCUUCGUGGACUCGGCGGCGGCGCACAUGGGUGCCUUCAAGCUCAACGCCGGCGCCCACGACCUCUCCCCCGGGCAGAGCUCGGCGUUCACGUCGCAGGCGCCCGGCUACCCCGCCGCCGCCCUGGGGCCCCACGCCGCCCACGUCGGCUCCUACUCCGGCGCUCCAUUCAACUCUACCCGGGACUUCUUGUUUCGCAGCCGCGGCUUCGGGGACUCGUCGCCGGCCGGCGGGCAGCACGGCAUCUUCGGCCCUGCGGCCGGCAGCCUUCACCACCCGCACACGGACGCUCAGAGCCACCUCCUGUUCCCGGGCAUCCACGACCAGCACGGCCCCCACGCCUCUCAAAACGUCCUCAACGGGCAGAUGCGCCUGGGAUUGCCGGGGGAGGUGUUCGCCCGGUCGGAUCAGUACCGGCAAGUCUCCAGCCCCAGGACUGACCCUUACUCGGCGGCUCAGCUGCACAACCAGUACGGCCCCAUGAAUAUGAAUAUGGGCAUGAACAUGGCAGCCCACCACCAUCACCACCCAGGUGCCUUUUUCCGCUACAUGCGGCAGCAGUGCAUCAAGCAAGAGCUCAUCUGCAAGUGGAUCGACCCCGAGCAGCUGAAUAACCCUAAAAAAAGUUGCAAUAAAACUUUCAGCACCAUGCACGAGUUGGUCACCCACGUCUCGGUGGAGCACGUUGGGGGACCCGAGCAGAGCAACCAUGUCUGCUACUGGGAGGAGUGUCCCCGGGAAGGCAAACCCUUCAAAGCGAAAUACAAACUGGUCAAUCAUAUCCGAGUGCACACGGGAGAGAAACCUUUCCCCUGCCCCUUCCCCGGCUGCGGAAAAGUUUUCGCCAGAUCAGAAAACCUCAAAAUUCACAAAAGGACGCACACAGGGGAGAAGCCUUUCCAGUGCGAGUUUGAAGGCUGCGACCGGCGCUUCGCCAACAGCAGCGACCGCAAGAAGCACAUGCACGUCCACACCUCGGACAAGCCCUACCUGUGCAAGAUGUGCGACAAGUCCUACACCCACCCCAGCUCCCUGCGGAAGCACAUGAAGGUGCACGAAUCGUCCCCGCAAGGCUCCGAGUCCUCCCCGGCCGCCAGCUCCGGCUACGAGUCCUCCACCCCCCCGGGGCUGGUGUCCCCCACCGCCGAGUCGCAGAGCACCAGCAACCUCUCCCCGGCGGCGGCGGCGGCGGCAGCGGCAGCGGCGGCGGCCGUAUCCGCCGUGCACCGGGGCGGCGGUGGCGGCGGCGGCAGCGGCGGUGGCGGCGGCGGCGGCCACAGCGGCCUCUCCUCCAACUUCAACGAGUGGUACGUGUAG